AUGAUUCCUCAACCCAAACAGAUCGAGGAAGCCCUCUCCUCCACCCUCACGUACCCCCAAAAAAUCGAUAAAAUCGCCCAAAUCCGUCGCUGGUUCCAGCCCAAAGAAGACAGCAAAAUCUACCCGCAAAUCCAAACCUUCCUAUCUACCUCCGACCUCUCCCAUGAUACCUUCCUCCCACAACUCACUGCGCCCAUCGACGAAGCCCUGUCAACUGCAUCACACGCCGACGACCUUGAAUCUACAUGGUGGGACCUCUGGAAUUCUAUCCUACACGCCUCAAAACGCAUCCCAUACAGCACAUCAUCUACUCAACACGAGCGUCUCGCGUCCCUCGUUGAAGCACUAAAAUCCCAUCAAGAUCCUACCCCCAACAAUCUCUCGUCCCCAGCAUGGUCUUCCCUCCCCUGGCUCCACCUCGCCGUCCGCGAAGCCUUCAACGAUACACCCCACGACGAUGACGACUCACCCCCCUCAUCUCCAGCCCUCCUAGCUCUCGAAGCCUCAGCCUUCGCCAACCUAAACUACUUCCUCGCCACGCUAACAUCGUCCCAAGUCGCGGGCUUUGCGAAUCCCUUCGCCCUGUGGUCUCUCCGCUCUGCCCUGGAAACCGAUUUCUCAACUACGCCGUGGUGUUUCGACGCCCGUGUGCCCGCGGCUGCAGUGUGGGUUACCGGCGCUAUUGGCCGGAUAGUCUAUGAGACGGAGAUUGACAUGACUCCACCGCAAGGCUCGAGACAGGGGAAUCCGGGGAAGGGCGGAGAAUUGUGGGAUGGGGUUAGUGGAUUUGGGAAGGAGAGGUGGGGGUUUUGGAAAAAGAGGUUCGGGGAUGUUCUAGGAAUUGAUGGGGUGAGUAAGGAGACUAGGGAGGUUGCGAAGAGGGCGGUGGAGGGGAUGGAGGGCGUUGAGCAGGGGAAAAAGUGA